AUGUAUUCAUCCGUUUUUGCUCGUUCUGCUGUACGCUCCCGAGCCGUAACUCGCCCAAUGCGCAGCGGUUAUUAUCAUUGGGAAAAUGAGGACGGUUCGCACCUUCCUUUUAGUACAAAGAAUAAACCUGCCCUUGCUAUAGGAAUGACAGCGUUCCUUGCUUGGGGUUUUUCUAUCCCCUUCCUUGGUGCAUGGUGGCAACUUCAUAAAGUAGGGAAACCCGUAUAUAGGCCUGGCCCACCACCUGAGUAG